AUGGAUGAGAACAUGGAGAACACCGCUGGGCCACCGGUCAACCCGGCGCAGGAAGCAGGGUCAGAUUUAGAUAAAUACCCUUCCAAGUCUGCGCAGAAGAUGGAUGACCAAACUCCAAAAUCACCUGUUGCAGCACCUACUAAGGAUCUACCCAAGUUGUCUCAAGAAGUAGAAGAGAAUAUGAUCCGCUCGCUGCGCACGAAGUUCAAAGGAGGAGAUGCCGGAGAACUACACAACCUCCUAAGCUCUCUAGAACUAGCAGACAAGGAGCGGAGGAGUGGCAGCCCAAGCCUUGAUGGCCUCGAGGCAGUGCUAUCUCAAAUCGAUAUGUUGUGGAGGAGUAACUCUACUUACAUGGCAGAGGUUGCAGAAAUGUUAGCAGAUGCAAGCCGGGACGCAAAAUGGAGGCCCUACUUCGGCCAAAGUGGAAUUUUGGACUACUUCCUUCGAAUCAUAUCCACUGAAGAGGUCGAAGAGAAUACCCUGUUACAUUCACUAAGAUUUAUUGUUGUUGUUGGUUCGGCGCGUGGAACUUUCAGCAGCUCCCCGGCUGCUGAAUAA